AUGAUGAAGGUAGAGGGCAAUGCGGGGUUCACCCUCUAUGAGAGAGAGCGGAUCAAGAUUGCAACAAAUAACUUCAACAAGGCACACAUUAUUGGGGAAGGAGGACAGGGAACUGUUUACAGAGCAGUGAUAGAUGGCACUACCAUGGCAAUAAAGAGGUGCAAGGAGAUUAAUGAGAGCAAAAAAAUGGACUUUGUGCAGGAAUUGGUCAUCCUUUGUCGCGUCAACCAUACCAACAUCGUCAGGCUGUUGGGUUGUUGCCUUCAGUUUGAGGCACCUAUGCUUGUCUAUGAGUUUGUGCAAAACAAAACACUACAAGAGCUGUUGGAUCUCCAGAGGAGCAAGAGGUUUCAUGUCACACUAGGAACACGUCUAAGGAUCGCUGCAGAAUCCGCAGAUGCAUUUGCACAUCUCUACUCGCUGCCACGUCCAAUACUCCACGGCGAUGUGAAGCCAGCCAACAUUCUUCUCGCAGAGGGAUUGGUUGCGAAGGUGUCCGACUUUGGUUGUUCAACAAUCGAUGAGAAAACCCAAGUUGUGCCAAAAGGUACACCAGGCUAUAUUGAUCCGGACUAUCUACUCGAGUACCAGCUCACAGCCAGCAACGAUGUAUAUAGCUUUGGAGUCAUUCUUCUCGAGCUUCUCACUAGUAGGAGGCCAUUUUCAAAAGAAAGGAAGAGCUUAACAUCAAUGUUUCAGGAAGCUAUGGCAAAUGGCACACUUGUCGAGCUCCUUGAUAGCGACAUAGUUGAUGAAGCUAGCAUGCGAGUGAUCCAACAAGCCGCGGUUCUAGCUAAUCAAUGCUUGGUUGUUCCAGGUACAACCAGGUCCACAAUGAUGCUAGUGGCCACAGAGCUCUGA